GUCAAAUGUCAUAGUUAAAAUAUUUCAUAGCAUUCACUGUUUGGUGUGUAUUUUAGUUGAACGUGGAUACUCAUAUACUUAAUAUUAUAUUUUAACGACAGAUAGUAUAUUAAAAAUGCCUCCCUUGGAGGUAGCAAACAAUACUGGCAAUGAAGAACCAGGACCUAUCAAUCCUGUAGUAGGAAUUAUAUAUCCACCACCAGAAGUAAGAAAUAUUGUUGACAAAACCGCAAGUUUUGUUGCUAGAAAUGGACCAGAGUUUGAAGCACGUAUUAGACAAAAUGAACUGGGUAAUCCCAAAUUCAAUUUCUUAAAUACUGGUGAUCCUUACCAUGCUUACUACCAACAUAAAGUGAAGGAUUUUAGGGAAGGAAAAGCUCAAGAACCAACUGCUGGACUAAAUCAAGCAGUUUCAAAAUUAUCUGUAACUGCAUCUGCACAACAAAAACAACAAGAAAUCUUAAAACAAGUUGAGAAACCAUUUGUUCCCAAAGACCCACCACCAGAUUUUGAAUUUAUUGCAGAUCCACCUUCAAUUUCAGCAUUAGAUUUAGAUAUUGUAAAACUCACUGCUCAGUUUGUUGCUAGAAAUGGUCGAGCUUUCCUCACACAACUAAUGAAUAGAGAACAGAGAAAUUUUCAGUUUGAUUUUUUGAGACCUCAGCAUUCUUUGUUUCAAUAUUUUACAAAACUUUUGGAACAGUAUACGAAAGUUCUUAUUCCUCCAAAAAGUAUGCAACAGCGAUUACGUGAUGAAGCCAAAACUGCAAAAGCAGUUUUAGAACUGGUGAAAUAUCGUGCAGAGUGGUUGAGAUAUCAAGAACAACAAAAAGCAAAAGAAGAAGAAAUUUUAGAAAGAGAAAGAGUUGCAUAUGCUCAAAUCGACUGGCAUGACUUUGUCGUUGUUGAAACUGUGGACUAUCAACCCUUUGAGAUUGGAAACUUUCCAGCACCGACUACACCAGAAGAAGUAGGUGCCAGAAUUCUGAUACAAGAAAGGAUUGAGGAAGGAGAAGAUAUUGAAAUGCAACUUGAAAGUGACGAUGAAGAAACACCAGCUGCAGAAGAAGGUCUGAGUACAAUGCAAGAUAAAACAAACCGAAAAGUACGUGACGAUAAUAGGGUUCAGGAUAUGGAAGAAGAAAGCUCAGAAGAAGAGGAGGAAGAUGAAGGGGACAUGCCUAAACCUCCUCCACCACCUGCAAUACAACCUCCAUUGCCACCAGCUCCUGAUAAGGUUGUUGUGAAGAAAUAUGAUCCAAAACAAGCUGUAAAAGUAGCAAGGCCAACUGUAGGUGAUGAUUAUCUCGUUUCGCCAAUUACCGGAGAAAAAAUUCCAGCCAGUAAAGUUCAGGAGCAUAUGCGAAUUGGACUUCUAGAUCCUCGUUGGGUUGAACAACGGGAUAAACAAAUCACUGACAAAAUGAAUCAAGACACAGUAUAUGCUGCUGGAAGUGCAAUUGAUGCAUCAUUAAAAUUAUUGGCAGAACGACGUACCGAUAUUUUCGGUGUAGGAGAUGAAGAAACUGCCAUUGGUAAGAAAAUUGGUGAAGAAGAUGUGAAAAAAGAUGAGAAAGUAACCUGGGAUGGUCAUACUAGCAGCGUAGAAGCGGCAACCAGAGCUGCGAGGGCCAACAUUACAUUAGAAGAACAGAUUCAUCAAAUACACAAGGUAAAAGGGUUGCUGCCAGAUGAAGAAAAAGAAAAAAUUGGUCCCAAGAAUAUUGGUGCAAAAUCUGGGAAAAUUAAUAUACAAAGUGUUGUAACAACCAAGCCACCAAAUCCACCAGCUCAGCCUCCAAAACCACCAGUAUCUUUAAUUCAGACCCAACCAGCUCCGUCUAUUUUGCCAACUCAGCCUCAAAUGUUAACACCACAGCCUCCAAUAAUGAUGAUGCCCGCUCCACCUAUGCCACCCAUUAGACCACCACCUCUAAUGAUGUCGGGUCCUCCACCAAUGACAGGUUUUCCAGUUGCACCAAUACCUCCAGCAGUGGCUUCAGGUAUUGGUAUAACACCGAUAAAACACAUUAAUGACGGCCCGUUAGAUGAUGAACCCAGUAACAAGAAAUUAAGAAAUGAAGAUUCACUAAUUCCAGAAGAGAUAUUUUUAUCUAGAAAUCCAAAUCAAAUUUCCGUCAAAGUAUCUAUACCACAUAUGCCAGAGAAGACUGAAUGGAGAUUAACUGGAAAAAUGGUUAGCUGGACAUUAUCGCUUGCAGAAACAGUGGCCAAUUUAAAAGCUAAGCUACAAGAAGAAACAAACAUGCCUCCAGCUAAGCAAAAAUUAUUUUUCGACGGUAUGUUCUUCAAGGAUUCAAAUACAUUAGCCUACUAUAAUGUAACACCAGGAUCGAUUAUUCAGUUGCAGAUCAAAGAAAGAGGAGGAAGAAAGAAGUAAAAAUGUUCAAUUUUUAUUUGUAUAGACUGGGCGCUGGAUGGAAUUGAGUAUGCAAAAUGUGAGGACUACAAUUCAGUGUAUAGUUUUGAAAUCAGAAAAGCUUGCAGAUUAUGAUUCUGAAUGUUGCCAGGAGUCAUAUUGGUCCAUUUUUGUUUUGCACCCUACCCCUAUAGGUAUCUAGUAAAUGGACUGAACACAUGCAUCCAAAUGAAUUUUAUAAUUAAAGAUACUCACAGCCAGUCAAGUGAAAAAGGGGCAGGAAAAAUAAAAACAAUAUCAACUGAUAAAAAAUUAUUUAAUUCAAAAAAGCAAAUUUGAACAUAUAAAAGAAAAAAUUAUAAUUAUCAAUGUUUUUUAUUCUGACAAUUGUUAUUUGCAUCAAGAAAUACAAUCAAUAUUUAAUUUCUUACAAGAGCAAGCCGUUGUCUUACAAUUAGAUGCACAGUUGAAUAAACAAUUCCAGCAGUGGUUGCUUGAUCAUUUGUCACAGGUACAAAUUACCAUCCUUCCUUUCAUAGAUUAAGAAGGUGUAAUCAAUAGGCUGAAGUUGAGUUUAGUCGGCCUUUACUCAUACAUAUGUUUGUGCUGAAGCUCUUAAUAGAUGUUCAUCAGCCAUUGAGUGUUUUUGAAAAAAAAAAUAUAUUUGCAAAUGUUUUCCAAUUCUUUUAGCUGUUUAACACUUAGGUUUGGAUUUCCCAAAAGCUUCAAAGCUUUUAAAUCACUUUUUUUCAAGCCAAAUCUGCUAGUCUGGCAAAAUACCACAAAUAUUAUCUCUGAGGAAUUGAACAGCCAGAUGACAUCCUAAAAGGAAUUUCUUCUUAUACGACUGAAUGUGCAAGCUUGUUCCAGAAGUAAAUUCCAAAAAUGAUUAUGAUAUGACCUAGUGUAAUUUUCACUGCUUGAAAUAUGUAACAAAACAUCCUUGAUUCCGCUUUUAAAUGGUUAGAAUUCAUUUCAGGUACUUUAAAAAAUGAAGAACCUUGUAAUAUGAAACAUUUCGAAUAGUAAUAAAUGUUUUAUCACAAAACAAACACGACAAUUUGUUUAGUUUUCUCUUCUUUACAUUCAUCAUUCACAUUGUACUGAUAUUGUCCGCCGCGCUUUACUUAAAUAAAACAUUCGACUGUAAAAAAACUUAAAUAUUAUUAAUUAGAUACGCAAAAAUAAACCGUUAUUUUUUUUCUACUGACUACUCCAAGAGCUCUGACUCGAUAACAUGCCUAGCAGAGAGAAGGGUGGGGGUAAAGGGAAAGACAGCAGUAGAGCUGUUGGCGACAUUUUAUUUUAUUUAAGGUACUAGGUAGAAGAAUUUGAGCGUAGUUGCCGGUCCUCACAUUUGGAUACUCAACUCCAGCGCCAGGAUUAAUAAGUGUAGAUAAGAAGAUGAAAUAAACGAUUUAGCACA